ACCGAAACUAAGGGAGAUAACUUUUUGCAUUUCUCAUUGACGGUUAUAAAAUCUCUUAGAAAAUGGCUCGUUUAUCGAAGUUGACGCAAGCAUCAAUGGCUGUCACUUUCCUGGGUGCAAUUGCAAUGCUAAAGUCAUUCCAGGAUGUCAGAUACUUCAAAUCAGAUGCUAUGAAAAUCACAGCAGUGCAAGCAAGUGAGCGGGACAUGGAGAAGCUGGUGAGGAAAUAUCACAUCAGUGAAGAGCAGCUAAAGGCAAUCAAGGAAGAGAAGAAGGAGCAGAGCUUGUUGGGCCCAGUGCCAGAUAACCUCCUAGAGACUGACCCUACCUUCCAGCACAAACGUGUGACUAACACAGACUUAUCAUAGCUCAUUGAACACCUUACAGGGACUACUUAACAUUGAGCUUCUGAGUUUAGCUUGUGUGAUUGAGACCUUGUUUAUUUUGAUCAGAAUGUGAUGAAAGUGGGCUGUGAUAGACUUCAUAUGUAAUAGUCUCAUUGUUUAAAAUGAGUCAAGGAAGCAGGUUUCAAAAUGUACUUGUCCGAAGCCUUUUAAACUUGCCCAAUUACAAUUAAGUUAAGUAAAGAACAGGGAUUCUUUGACAUUUACUCUUGGCCAUUCUUUACUUAGCUGGUUCCCUUCCACUUAGCAAAGUCCCAAAUUUUGCUAAAUAAAUAUUCAUUUACUAUGAGUUUCGAGAGUACUAUGAGUACUCAAAAGUUUCGUGCCUAUUCAGUCUGACAAGACUAAUUUGAACUAAUAUUACAGAGUUAUUGCCUUUUGUAACCUUUAAUUGUCCGGAGAACAAUUAGAAAACUACUGGUGGAAUUUAUUUAUACAAUGGUAAAGCACAAUGAAAGGAAGUGCUGUGUACAAAAAACAUAACUCUAUUUCAACUUAUUACAGAGGAAUAACUCUUUGUUACCUUUUCUUGUCCAGUCGUGGAAACUACUAUCAAUGUGAAACCACAAUAAGAAGAAGUGCAGUGUACAAUUUCAACUUAUUGCCCUUUGUAACUUCAUUGUCAUACAAUGAUAAAGCACAAUGAGAUGAAGUGCAAUGUACCAGAACCAUAACACCGUUUUUAGGGAAUUAUAGAGUUAUUGCGCUUUGUUACUUUUUCUUGUGCAGGACAUAAAUUGUAAUCUAUUGGAUGGAAUUUAAUCAUCCUUCAUACACGGCUAAAGCACAAUAAAAGGGAAGUGCAGUUUACAAGAACCAUAACUUUAUCCACAUCAUUGUCUAAUUAGGUCUUAUUUCUAUAUAUCUCGCUUUCCUUGAGGGUGGCAUUUUGGGGGUAUUAAUCACAUUCAGUGAUAGUUCUAGUUUUACUUGUUCUUGGCUUAAGGCAAGUUGGUUUUUUGGAAGAAUGUAUUACUUGGACAGUGAGAUAAUUCAACUCUAAUAAGAGUUUGGUCUCUAGGAGAUCUGAAGUCUUCUACACCCAGCGUGAUCUAAAAAUGAACAUUUGUGUUGUAACAUAUAUUAUGAGUUGUUUCUUUUAAAAAGAAAUGUGUUUUAUGCUGUUAUGUUUUAUAUUUAAUUUGAUAAAUAAAAUAUGCUGGUACAAUAAGUCUUAUGUCUGCCUUUUGAAAUUGUAUGUUUUGAUAAUGUACUUCAAAAAGUUUUUUGAAAUAAUGAUGAUCAGUGUCAUAAUUAUUUAUGUAAUUUUGCACAUAAAAGACUCGUUGUUCAGAGCUAUUGUGAAAAUUCAAAUCUUUACUACUCUGGAAGAUUCAAUAUUUCCCCAAACUUGCACACACAUUGACCUUCACAUAAAGGUCAAGAACCUUGCAGUAUGUUCUUGUUGAUAUAUAUAUAUCUUUAAUAGCUUGAUUGUGAAGCUCUCUAUAAGGUGAUAUGGAUCGAUCUCAAGUCCGACCUGAUGAGUUAUAACAUGUCAUGUUGAAAUCGGCAUUCAAGCAAUUUUCAUUUGGGUAAAGGUGGUUUUGCAGCAGGAUGUCUGUUAAAAUGGAGAAAGG